AUGAUUUCUGAUUCAGUAUUUAAAACACCUAGUUUAAUAUAUUAUGAACGUAUAGGAUCCGGUGCUUCCUCUGUGGUGUUUAAAGCUUUCGAUAAGAGAACGGGGGAGCAGAGAGCUGCUAAAGUUAUAAAAGAUAGAUCUAAAUAUAACCUACUAGAUUUAAACCGUGAAGUUACAACAUUAAAGCAUCUCAAUCAUUCAAAUAUUGUUAAAUUAUAUGGUAAAGAAACCGAGAAACCGAGGUUAGUACACGUUAUGUCAAUAUUGUUAAAUUAUAUGGUAAAGAAACCGAGUCCAAUUUACAUCAUCAGUGAUUUUGGAACAAGUAGAAGACUAUCAAAUCCAGAAGAAGAAUACCUUUCAUUGGUUGGAACAGAAGAGUUUUUGCAUCCAGCAGUAUAUCAAAAAGCAUUUAUAGACAGACAACAAGUCACACCGUUUAACAGUGGUACAGAUUUGUGGAGUUUUGGUUGUACUUUAUUCCAAGCUAUCAGUUCCAGGAUGCCGUUUGUACCAUUUGAUGGUGCCAGGAACGACAGAACUAUAAUGUUUCAAAUGGUGGCGUUAAAACCUGCAGGAUGUAUUUCCGCCUACCAGAAUAGUCCAGGGGGUGAUCCUAUUUGGGAGAACAGAUUUCCUGAACACUGUCCUAUGUCAAGAAAUCUCCAAGAAAUAAUGAAAGGAUUAGUCGCUUCUCUUCUGGAAGCAGAUCACAGGAAACAGAUUUCCCAUGAAUCAUUGUUCGAUUUCCAGAAGAAACUAGCAACUAAGUUUCAACUUGAAAUUCAUUUUACCAAUGAUGGAACCACACUACCUCUUUAUUUCGACGCGUCAAACAGUUUUGCAGAAUUACAAGAUCAGAUAGCCCAGUAUACAGAUAUAUCAGCUGGACGUCAAGUAUUAUUUUAUAAUGAUCAGAUACUAGAAAACUUGAUACAGAAAAAUCUAAAUUUAGAUGAGCUAUUACAUCAACCACCUUCAAUAAACUAUCUUACAUUGAUGGAUAAACACAAAGCUAAAAAACUAAAUCCGUUCAACAUAGAACCGUUCCCGGUUUACCAUAACACUAAUACUAUUAAUCAAGAUUAUCAAGUAACUUCUAAACGAUGUGAAAUUAUUAAUAAUAUCAUGUUAUUAGUAUCUCAAUCUCUCAGUUUUCAACUCAAUAUCACCAAAACAGUCUCAGCAAUGUGGAUUAUGAUGAAGACAUAUAAAUUAAAAGUAGAGAAGAAUUAUGAAUGUUUGAAAGAAGCUAGUCAACAAAUUGACUUCCAGUUGGAAAACUUACGGUUGAUCCGGAACAGAACUCAAAGGCACAUGUUUGCGACAUGGAGAGUUUUAUAUUCUUGGAAAGAUCAUAGAAGGAAAGCCGAUGAUUAUGAAGCACUGAAAAUUCUGAUAGAACAGCUGAAGUCCAAGUUAGAGUCAGUAAAAGAACGUGUUAUUGAAUUAAAAAUCAAAUCUGAGAAAUACUUACACGAUUCUCAUAUAGCUGUUGAUGUUUGUACUUCUGACUGGUAUGUUACAAAAGCUAAAAGUUACCAGCAGAAAAUAAAAGUUAUCAUGGGCAGAAUGAAGAAGACGAAAGUUAAAGAAAUUCUUGGAGAAAAAGAAAAUAUACAGCAUCUUCAUGACAGGAGUGAAGCUGAAGAAGUAUGUGCUUCAGGUCUGGCCUUGUGGCAGGAUCAUUGCUGGGUCAAUAAACAGAAGAGUUUUGAAAGAUUUAAGAUAUUUGAGGGAAUGUUUUAUGAAAUUCAAGAAAAUUGUAAAAGAGUCAACGUUAUGAUUGUAGAAUUGAGAGGUGUAUGUAAAAGAAUCAGGGAUAUGUUUUUUAAGAUUUUUUCUAGUCUUCCUUAUAAUGCAGAUGGAUUAUAUGAUCCAGAAAGGUUUUCUACAUUAUUAACUAGUGGUAUGAAUGGACUUGAAUUAGAAGAUGACAUUGCCGAACCCACGGAUGUUGAUGAUGUACCACAGUACAAAGUACAUUUUACAGAUUCAGAUUUAGAAUUUGAUGAUGUACGAAGUUACCAACGAAGCCACAAGGCUGAAAAAAGCAGACGGUCAUAUUUCAGUGAUGAUGAUAUGAAUUAUCUACCUAGUAAGGAAAAGAGAGGAGUGGGUUUGAUUCCUGCAAAGGAACAAGAUAAACGUCACGUUGCUAACAAGAGUCGCCUUGAGACAGGAAAUGUAUUUCCUAUUUGUGAGGCUGAAUCCAACAGUCACGAAAUAGGAGCAGUUACAGUAGUCGAUGUCCAUGCACCAAAUUUAGAACUUUAA